UGGGGAGGCGGCCAGAGGAGGCAGCAGAAGGUGUCCCGCCACCCGGCCCUGCCUCCCAGGCAGCCUCACCCAGCCCCCUUGGAAGAGCUGACGGACAGGCUUCGGGGCCCUGCCGUGACCGUGACCCGGGGAAAGAUGGUCCUCAAAACUGAAGAGGAGGAGGUCCCCAGUGACCUGACUGUGGAGGAGCGUCAGGAGCUGGAGAACAUUCGGCGCAGGAAGCAGGAGCUGCUGGCCGACAUUCAGAGGCUGAAGGAUGAGAUAGCAGAAGUAGCCAACGAGAUCGAAAACCUGGGGUCCACAGAAGAAAGGAAGAACAUGCAGAGGAACAAGCAGGUGGCCAUGGGCAGGAAGAAAUUUAACAUGGACCCUAAGAAGGGGAUCCAGUUCCUCAUCGAGAACGACCUGCUGCAGAACACCUGCGAAGACAUCGCCCAGUUCCUGUACAAGGGCGAGGGCCUCAACAAGACGGCCAUUGGGGACUACCUGGGGGAGCGAGACGAGUUCAACAUCCAGGUUCUUCACGCGUUCGUGGGCCUGCACGAGUUCACCGACCUCAACCUCGUCCAGGCCUUACGGCAGUUCCUGUGGAGCUUCCGGCUGCCGGGAGAGGCCCAGAAGAUCGACCGGAUGAUGGAGGCGUUCGCCCAGCGGUACUGCCAGUGCAACCCCGGGGUGUUCCAGUCCACGGACACGUGCUAUGUCCUCUCGUUCGCCAUCAUCAUGCUGAACACCAGCCUGCACAACCCCAACGUCAAAGACAAGCCCACGGUGGAGAGGUUCAUCGCCAUGAACCGGGGGAUCAAUGACGGCGGGGACCUGCCCGAGGAGCUGCUACGGAAUCUCUACGAGAGCAUAAAAAACGAGCCUUUCAAAAUCCCCGAAGACGACGGGAAUGACCUCACUCACACUUUCUUCAACCCAGACCGCGAAGGCUGGCUCCUGAAGCUUGGCGGCAGGGUAAAGACCUGGAAGAGGCGCUGGUUCAUUCUGACUGACAACUGCCUGUACUACUUCGAAUACACCACGGACAAGGAGCCCCGGGGGAUCAUCCCUUUGGAGAAUCUGAGCAUCCGGGAGGUGGAGGACUCCAAAAAGCCAAACUGCUUCGAGCUGUACAUCCCGGACAACAAGGACCAGGUCAUCAAGGCCUGCAAGACGGAGGCCGACGGGCGCGUGGUGGAGGGGAACCACACCGUGUACCGCAUCUCCGCCCCGACGCCCGAAGAGAAGGGCGAGUGGAUCAAGUGCAUCAGAGCGGCCAUCAGCAGGGACCCUUUCUACGAGAUGCUGGCUGCGAGGAAGAAGAAGGUGUCCUCCACGAAGAGGCACUGAGCUGCGUGCGGAGCGGCCCCGCCCGGAGCAGGAGCGCCUGCCCUGGAUUCCUAGAGACUCGCUUCAGCUUUUGCCAUGUUCUUCAGUGGGCGACGGGCAGGUGGCUCCCACUGGGGCGAGGGACCUGGCGUCGCUGCUGCGGGCAGCGCCUUCUCUCUGCCAGGACAGAGCUCCUGCCGCAGAGCCGCCACGCAGGUCUUUGCUCCACCCGGUGGCUGAGCCGGGGUGGGGGCAGCAUGUGCUGGGUGCUUCCCCGGAAGCCGUGGCCCUGCCCUGGAAGCCCCUGGGUCUCUGCAGCGCUGCAGGCUGAGCGCGGGAGGAGGAGCCACGUUCUAUAAAGAUAUAUUUUUGUUUUUUAAGAGCAGAACUGUAGAGCAGAGCCCCAACACGCACCCCGCCCGUCUGCAGUGGGAGGCUGCCCCCCCGGCGGCUCCGAGGGAGCCGGCCCCGGGCCCUGUGGGCGCCUGGGAGGGCCAGGGGGCAACAAGGACUUGGACCUGACACGGGGUCUGCGGCAGGGACAGAGCCCCCUAGACGCGUGUUGCUCUUCUCUCAGAAUCCACACCCGGAGGGCUUUAGAACAGAAAGCACUUUUCUGAGCUAAAUACCUAGUAACCAAAACUGUGAGGCAGGUGCCCAGCAGAGGCUCGGGCGGCCUGACUGUUCUUCUCUGGUCUUGCUUCCCGCUCACCAAGCUCCUCGUUUUAGAGGAAGGGGCGGGUCUUCCUGCUCAGCUGGGCUUCAGCUUGUUCUGCCUCAGCACCGCUUCCCUGGGCCCCCUGCCCCUGGGUGCCUCUGGUGGUGACCUGGCAGGGGAGGGGCCUCACCUGCUCCACGGGGGCAGGCGGAGCAGGGGGUGGGAAGGCCGGCCCACGCCAUGGCUUCAGUUUAGCUGUCCCUUCAGACGUGUGAGUGGGCCCUGCCCUCUGCCCUGCGGUGUGCAGGGAGCCAGGAAACAGCCUCGUCCUGCCGUGCUCUCAGGGACUCUCGGGGCGCUCCUGUCACCCGUCCAGGCCAGGCCCCCGAGGAGGGGGCGGCGGGCUGGCCUCUCCCUGGGCAGUGGGCUGGCUCCCCGCCUUCAGGGUAGGUGGGCAUCUCUGGAAAUAGCUUUCCUAAAAGGGACUGGGGGGUGUCCUGGGGACUCUCUGGGGUCCCUCCCCACUUCCUGCAGGUCCUGCCUGGAGUAGCUUCGGGCAUGUUUCUGCCGGAGCUCGUGCAGGCGCCCAGGGUCCGGGCUGGAAGCCUGAGCCUUCUGGGUGGUGUCGGGCCCCGCCCAGACGGAGGGACCUGGUCAGUAUUAGUCUAUUUAUCAGAGGUGUAAAUGAUCCAUGUGUAGUUUUUCUCCUGUUAGAUUAUUUUGUAUUUGUUUAAAAAAAGUUUUGUCAAAAUAUAAAGAAAUGGCUGAAAGCAAAGCUGUUGACAGGGUUUUUAAAGAAUUAUAAUUAUUAUUCCAGUUUUUGUUUGGUUGGGUUUUUUGCCUUGUAAACUGGCACCAAGGGGCUGCAGCAAAUAAACUCCAAUCUGCCCAAAGCGUGUGGUGG